GCCUGUUUCUUCACCUUUCUAUCGACAUAGUUUGGUGAACUUUUUUGCUUUGUGUUUUUUCUUUUUCCACAUUUCCUCUGACUCACAUUCUUGAGAAUGGUAGCUACCCAACUGCCAAGAGUCUAUAUACCUCAAGAUGUUGUUGGAGGCAAUAGGAGCUGCUUUUGUGGGUUUCGUGGUGAUUAUGGCAUAUUAUGGGGCAGUAAGACCGCCACCUCCAAAGCCAUGCCGAUCAGACUCGCCCACAAUCAGACUCCGCGACGGCAGGCGUUUGGCUUACAAGGACAGAGGCGUUCCAAGGGAAACUGCCAACUACAAGGUUAUCAUUGUUCAUGGCUUCGACAGCUCCAAGGACAUUUACAUCCCUGUAUCUCAGGAACAAAUAGAGGAGCUGGGGAUAAGCAUUGUGACAUUUGAUAGAGCUGGCUACGGAGAAAGUGAUCCAAACCCAAAUCGCUCGAGGAAGAGCGAAGCAUUUGAUGUUCAAGAACUAGCAGACCAGCUGAAUCUGGGGCCUAAGUUUUACGUCCUUGGCAUCUCCAUUGGAGCCUACAUUACUUGGGCUUGCCUCAAGUACAUACCACACAGGCUAGCUGGGGCAGCUCUAAUAGUUCCAGUGAUCAAUUACUGGUGGCCUUCAUUUCCUCCUGAAUUGUGCAGUGAGGAGUUCAAGAAACAGCCUAAGAAGGAUCAGUGGAAACUAAGAAUUGCACACUAUGCCCCUGGAUUUUUGUACUGGUGGAUGUCCCAGAAAUGGUUCUCUUCCUGUUCAAUCAUGGCCAGGGACCCGGUAAUUUUCAGCAGAAGAGACUUUGAAAUCUUGAAGAAGAUGCUGCAAGUCCCUAAUCCUAAUGAGAAUAAGAUAAGGCAGCAAGGAGAAUACGAAUCCUUGUACAGGGACUUGAUGGUCGGAUUUGGAAAGUGGGAAUUUAAUCCAAUGGAGCUGAAGAAUCCAUGGCCUCAGGAUGAGGGUGGUGCCCAAAUAUGGCAAGGCUAUGAAGACAAACUGGUUCCUUCUCAGCUUCAAAGAUUUGUGGCCAAGAAGCUGCCUUGGAUUAAAUACUAUGAAGUUCCUGAUGGUGGGCAUUUGAUCAUUCAUGACCCUACACUGUGCAAUGCCAUUUUCAGGGCCCUUUUGCUUAAACAAGAACCCACCAUUGUCUAAUUUGAUUUUGAUUAUGGGGUUGUAUUCUAGAUAGGUUUGGCUCAUCACUUUUGGGUUUUUUUUUUUUUAUGUUGUGUGUUUAUUUUUAGUUAAAAAAUAAAAAUAAUUUCUAAUUUUGAUUUUCUCCU